AUAUUUAUAGCAUUUUUGUUGUAAGCAGAUUACCAUCAGUGGUGGUUUAAUUUUAAAUAAAAAACAAUUUAACAAUUUAAAAUGGAAUUACCAAUAACAUACUGCUUGUGCGGUCAACCUUUUGAUGAUGAACAAUUUAUGAUACAAUGUGAUGUCUGCAGAGAUUGGUAUCAUGGAACGUGUGUUAAUGUACGAGAAUAUAUGACAAUAGACCUUGACAAAUUUCAUUGUCCACGAUGUGAAGCAACUAGUGGACCAUCUAUAAUGAAAACCAGGACAAAUUGGCAUCGUCAUAAUUAUUUAGAAGUAAAUGCUGAAACAAAACCCGUGCAAACUGGAACUCCAGUUUUUAUCAGAGAAUUAAAAUCGAGGCAUUUUGCAAAAGCAGAUGAAGUUGUAAAAUACGUAAGAGGUCAACAAUUAACAAUACAAUAUUUACAAAAUAAUAAUUUUGACACGCCUAUCAUUGUUGAUGGAAAAGAAGGUCUGGAAAUGAUUGUGCCACCGUCCAAUUUUAGUGUUUACGAUGUCGAGAGUUAUAUUGGCGGAGAUCGAGAAAUGGAUGUUAUUGAUGUUGCCAGACAAAAUAAUAUACGAAUGAAACUAAGAGAAUUUGUUGAAUAUUAUAAUGCAUCUGUUCGUACAAGAAUUUUAAAUGUUAUAAGUCUUGAAUUCACAAAUACUGGUCUUGCACCAUUAGUGGAAGCACCAUAUAUUGCACGUAAACUUGAUUGGGUUAAUACAGUUUGGCCACGAGAUUGGCCCGAGGACAGUGAAAUGAAACGUCCAGAAGUACAAAAAUAUUGCCUAAUGGGCGUAAAGGAUAGCUUUACAGAUUUUCAUAUUGAUUUUGGUGGCACAUCUGUAUGGUAUCAUAUUUUACGUGGUGAAAAAAUAUUUUAUCUCAUCAGACCAACACCCACUAAUUUACAAUUAUAUCAACAUUGGAUGUGUAGUUCAACACAAAGUGAAACUUUUUUCGGUGAUCAAGCUGAUGCAUGUUACAAAUGUACUCUAAAACAAGGACAAACAAUGUUAAUACCAACAGGAUGGAUUCAUGCAGUUUUAACACCAGUUGAUUCUCUUGUUUUUGGAGGAAAUUUCGUUCAUAGUCUUAACAUUCCUAUGCAAAUACAAAUUUAUGAAAUAGAGAAAAAAAUGAAAACACCGUAUAAAUUCCAAUAUCCUGGUUUUGAGACAGUCAACUGGUUUGCUGCUAAAAAAUUAUUGAAAGAAUUAAAGGAAUUGAAUCAUGAAGGUAAAAAAUGUCCUGCCUACUUUUUACAAGGAAUUAAGGCUUUAUUAAGUAUACUCAAACAAUGGAAUACCGAUAAAGAUUACAAUAUGGCAAGUCGCAGUCAAAUACCAGCAAUUAUAAAUAGUGUAAAAUUACUGAAAGAUAUCAGUAAAGAAAUUCGACAUGCAGAACGUUAUUUAAUAUCGUUAAAUCCACCGAAACCAGAACGUGAAAGUAAACGAAAAAAGAAAAAACCAUUGAAUAAAGAUUUUGUUGACUUUGAAAGUGCAGAUCGCAUGAAAAAUAGUCCAUUCACUGCAACAGUUAAUAAUGAAGCAAAUAAAACUGAUACUGUUAUUAAUGAAACACGAACAAAUUGUAGGCCUCCUAUAAAAAUGACUUUACCUAAACCACUUCCUGCCUUUUCGUUUGUUAAGGAAAAUGCAAAUUCUCAAGCAAAAACAACUGAUAUGACAUUUACUAAAAAACGGGCAUCAAAACCCGGCAAACAAAGUCCAAAAGUUAUUAGAUUUAAAUUAGGUGAUAAGGAAAUGGUUCGAAGUACAAAUGACAAUAUUAAUAUUUAUGGAAAUUUUGCAAUAGAUAGUACAGUUGAAACGCCUAAGAAAUUAACGUGGAAACAAACAUCGGUUUAUGAUUUUCACGAUGGUAGUAAUGAAAGUGAUGUGGAAAAAUUCACCAUCGACGAAGAGCCAAAGCGAAAGAAAGUUACGAAAACACCACAAAAAAGAGUUAAGCGUUUAUGUACACAAGAUAAUAAUAUUCCUAAUGAAACAAUUCCAAAGAAUGGCAUUGAAGAACUUUUAAAAGCAUCCGCUUAUACAUUGGGAACAACAAGUCAACGAUUGGACGUUAAUCCUUCUGUGUCCAAUUCCUAUUUCGAACAACCGGCCGCAACACCAAAUAUGGGUUCUGGCAGGGCAUCUCCAUCGACGCAGGAUGCUAUUGCCGGAAUGCUGUCAAUUAGCGGUCAAUGUUAUUCUUCAACGUCGAAGAAACCAACGAAAACGCAAAAAGCAAUAAAACCGGCUCGAGCAAUAAUUGACGAUGAUGAUCUUUUACUUGAAAAUAUUGACAAAGUCCAUCAGGACGACGAUUUUAUUUAUCCGGCAUUAGACGUAUCGGAUGACGAGGAAUUUGUUUUUAAAUCAAAAGGCAAAAGAGAGGAGGAUGAAGCAUGGAAUCCAAAAGCAAGAGUUGGACCACUUUUACCAAAAACUAAUCGUCCCGCACGUGAAGGUGCUAAAAAAACAUCAGUGGAAAAAGGAUUGGAAGCCGCAGCUGCUAAACGAGCGAAGCAACCGUCUACGUCGAAAAGAACGUACAAUAAAAAGAAGCAAAAAGAUAUAUCUAUUGCAUCAGCUGCGACAAGUUCUGUAAUAUCAAGGGAAAGUACACCUAAAGCAAGUACCACUACUUAUACUUCAAUUUUAUCCAGUCCAAAUAGACUAAGAGAUGUUAAGGCAAAACUUGCUGCUCCCGUUCCAGUUGAGCGAAAACCGAAAAAGGGUAUGAAAACGGCCAAACAGCGUUUGGGAAAAAUUUUAAAAAUUCAUAAAAUGAUACAUUAAAACCAUGAGAAACAAAUUUUGAAUAAUUUUCAUUUAUAUUCAUAAUCACUUUGGUAGUUCCGAACUGCUAUAUGUAAAUAGAGCGAAUAUUUUUUUAAUUUGAAAAUAUUUUUUUUCAAGAGAAUAUCUUUUCAAGUACAAUAUAUUUACUUAGGUAGUUUAUUGUUUUAAUUUUGUAUUGUUUAAUUUUUUUUUUUUUUUUUUAAUGUAUAAACGAAACUUCCGAGCACAGUAUUCUGAACAAAGUAUAUAGAAAUAAUAAUACAACGAUUGGUUAAGGUUUAAAAACCUUAGACAUUUUAUAUAUUCUUUCUAGUUGUAAAUAUGAUAAUUCCGAAAGAGAAAAAAAAGUUAUGUUGACAAUCAACCUCUGAAUAUAUUCCUAAAGGACAAAAUCUUUAUUUAUUUACUGAGGUUCUAAAAUAAAAUAAUUUUCUUAAAUUUUUAAUUGGUAUUUUUACAUACCAUAUACUUAUAAAAAUUAGGCAAUAAAUAUAGAGUAUUUAAAAAUUUACAUUAAACUUAAAACAAGUAGGAAUUUGUUGUCAAACAACAAAUUGAUAAAUAUAAUAUAAAUAAAAUUUAUAUAAAAAAAAAAAAUGUUAUUGACAAGUUUUAACUCUUGCAAUAAAAUUCAAUUUAUUUAAAAGUCUGAAUAUUCGAAAUAAAUGUAACUACAUAUAGAGAUUGUAUAAUAAUUCGUACAAUAUACAAAACUGUAGAACAACUUAAUGAAUAGGCUUAAGAGAGGCUGUAUUUGUUUAAUCAUAUACUUUUCUUAAAUUUACCUUUCUGAAUGCAAAGCGCAGAUUGUAUAUGAAAGGUAAAUUAUUAACUUUAAAAGGUGUUAUAAUUAUGUAUACAUAUAUAUAUAUUCAUACAAAAAAGCAUUUGUGAAUAAUAUAAUCUAUUUUUAAAGUCAUAAAAUUACAUAUAUACUCUAUAUUAAUUUCAAUAAUAUUAUUAACAGAAUGUAUGUUGUUCUAUAAUUUUAUUGCUUCAGUAUUGAUUGUUGAAUUUUUAAUACACAUAAUUAUUAACAUUAACCUGACAAAAUAUGCGACCAUAAAUGCUGUGAAAAAAGACUUUUUUACUAUAUACCAGGCGGUAAACUAACAAUUUUUUAAUUUUGACAAAAUGCAAUUUAUUUGUUCUUAUAUAGUUAAUUAAUAUUAGAUAUUAAGCAUAACUAGCGUAACUCAAUCCAACUCAUUUAUAGUACUUGUAUUUCAUAAAAGUUAUGGGAAAACCUUCGAAAUUAAAAUAUGUUUUUGCACUCACAUA